UGCGCGCAACUCCACCUAGCCUUUCUCUUUUUGCCCCAUUUGUUUUAGUGUGUUCUCCGUAAAUUUGCGCACUUUCCUCGCCGGUGUUCUCUCUGGAGCUAUUCUCAACACCAGCUUAAUGUGUCUCUUCGUGUAGAUAUGUCAACCAGGGUUGCUGUGGUAACGGGCAGUAACAAGGGUAUCGGUCUUGCCAUCGUCCGAGCCCUCUGCAAGCAGUUCCAAGGAGUCGUUUACCUCACCGCCAGAGAUGUUGGUCGUGGUCAGGAAGCAGUGCAGUCUCUGUCCUCAGAGGGACUGAAGGCCAUGUUUCACCAGCUGGACAUCAACGACGUGAACAGCAUCAAAACGGCUGCAGUUUACUUCAAAGCGAAGUAUGGAGGAGUGGACGUCCUCAUCAAUAACGCCGCGAUUGCAUUCAAAACGGCAGACACAACUCCGUUUGCUGUCCAGGCCGAGGUGACCCUCAAGACAAACUUCUUCGCCACCAGAGACAUGUUGACUCACUUCCUGCCGCUCAUCAAAGCUGGAGGUCGUGUGGUGAACGUCUCCAGCUUUGUUGGCUCCAUGACUUUAAAAAAGUGCAGCCCGGCCCUCCAGCAGCGCUUCCGCAGCGAGGACAUCACAGAAGAUGAGUUGGUGGGACUGAUGCAGCGCUUUGUUGACGAGACCAAGAAAGGAAAUCACAAGGAAGACGGCUGGCCCGAAACAGCAUAUGGAGUGUCUAAAACUGGACUGACGACCCUGUCCAUGAUUCAUGCUCGGCGUUUGUCCAAGGAGAGACCGAAUGACGGGAUCUUGCUGAACGCCUGUUGUCCAGGAUGGGUGCGCACUGACAUGGCUGGUCCUAAAGCCCCCAAGUCACCAGAUGAGGGCGCCACCACUCCAGUCUAUCUGGCCCUGCUGCCACCCGGAGCCACAGAACCUCAUGGAAAGUUUGUCUCUGAAAAGGAAGUUCAGCCGUGGUGAAAAGGGUUGAAGGGAGCUGAGUGUUUGUCUAUACAAUAUACUUCCAAAAAUUUAACAUGUAAUGACAUAAUACUGAUGUUUAUCAUGAUUUUUAAUUAAGUACUUUCUUAACGUCAAAUAAAUUUGCCUGAACUUUAUGACACUAAUCGUUCUGAAAUCAAAGAAAAUAAAAUAUUUUGUUUGUUUUUUUUCAUCA